AUGUCGUCGACCAGCGAAUUUCUGCACCUAGAUAGGUUGCAAAACGCCAUUCCAAGGUGCGAGGGCAAGCUGAAGGAGCUAAAGAUCAUCUAUGAACAGUCUCUUAUCGAGCCAAAGGAUCCGUGCGAGUAUCUGUCACAAGCACAUUUUCAAGAGCUAUGUCAGUCUCUUGUCUGUCGGAUCUGUGAGGAGCUUAGGUUUGCUGUGGAGCGACCUGAGGCAGCAGUUUUCACAGUGGAAGUGCCGCAGGAGCAGUCAAAAUCAGGUGCUCUGCGGCCUACGCCUGCAACGUGUGCAUCUCCCACUUGCACCGACCCGCAGAACGAAGACUCAGUCAUAUACGUGAAGGAGAUUCCCGAUAAAUUCAACUGCCAGAUGGUUCAACGAGCCAGCCGGCGACGGAUUUCGAGCGGACGAAAAGGAAACAGGCCAGGAACUCGAACAAGUCCUCGUCGAAAGAAUACUUCCAAUGCCGUCGUGGCACCUGUCCCUAACGAGAUAUAUCUGGCAUAUUGGCGUAUGUCUAAGAACUGGUUUGCAGUGCUUGUUCUUCCCUUGGACAACGUCGAGAUGUUUGGACUCUCUGAGUUCAUGCCAGCCUGUUACGAUUACGAUAAGCAUACGGGGCAAAUAAUAUGGACGCAAGGAUAUGAGAAUGGUGGUCCUCUCAUGGCUGACCGGCAAUUCCCGGUCAUGUUCUUUGAAGGAGUGCCAGCACUUGACAGAGAUGCCGUUGGCUGGGUGGCGGCCAAAGACCUUCAGAACUUCGAUCCUCAUGGUUCUCAAGCCUCCCUGAUUUCCAACUACGACUCAGUGUUCACCUUUAUUGGGGAACGUCAGGCGUCUCAAGAUGAUAACCGACUUGCUAGUGGUCAACACACAGAUGGAUCUGAAGAGAACGGCCACAAUAGAAGUAUGCCCAACAUGAAGGGGAUGCCCACCACAAGUAUCGACGAGCCAACGAUGGCAACAUCUCUAUUUGCUAAGAUCACGGAAAUCGAUACCAUGGAAAGUGAGACCAGACAAGAUGAGCCUGAAAUAAUGCCAGGACCGUUAAACUUGAUAGAUUUAUCAAGAGAUACGAACUUGUCAUCUUGCGAUCAAGACGAAGGCAGUGGGAGUGCUGCACCUACAUCGAUGUCUACGGCAGAUGAGUCGCCAUCUGACAGGCUUGGUCGCCCUGAUAGUUCCCUUCGAAACGCCGAAUUCGUUCAGGAACCUGUUGUCCAAACGACCACUCGAACUGUGACAUCGCCCACCUCAAUCUUUUCAACGGAGUCGAUUCGCGUUCCAACGUUAGACCACUCCCCAACUUGUUACGAUCUACCCCCUCUUCAUAAAAACCCGUCAAAAGUUACUGAGUCUCUCCCCACAAUCCGGCUUCUCAUUGACACAAAUCCUGUGUUGACAUGUAAAACUACCAUGCCUAGUGAUCGUAAUAUUUGUACAAUGGCGACCUACAGGAAUAUGGAGCCGAGGAUAAUGCCAGUCAUUGACUGGCCAUCGCUGUCCAAGCAGAAACACAAGACACAAAUGAUCAUGCAUGCAGAAGGUUGGUCUCGCAUCUCAUCACCAUCAUUCAGUGGGGGGGCGGAAGGGCCAUGGAGCAGGAAGCGACCUCGUUAUGAGGAUUCAUGGUCGAAGAGUCCUAGACGAGUAAGGUUCCAGCUGGACAAAAAUCAAGACUACUAG